AUAAUAUCUGUCACAAUCUAUUUUUGCGGCUUCGUGUUUGUCAGAACUGUUUAAGUUGCACAGUUGGCGGUUACAUGCGCGAGACACAUCACCUUUGCGAGGCAACCCAAGGUGCUGAGUGUGGAAUCGACGCGUCCAGAACAGGAGCGAGGAAAUAGAAUAGCAUUCUAUUACCCCUUUGCCUAACAAAACUCUUGUUGAAUGUCGUGAAACGUCGCGAAGAGGGCUGAUAAUUAGAUAGUGGGUACCGUGACCAAUCGGAGUGGCGCAUGUUAAGCUUACCUUUUAGCUCAUUGGGCCUCUUGACACGCGGAUGUCAUUCACGCGUUUACCUAACAGAGAACUACCUCCGCAUAGUCAGGAGUUUCCACCCCUCCCCCUCCUCCCCAGAGCAGUCGUGCAAGUCAGCAAUUAACGGACUUUUCACAUACUCACGUUUUGCUAGCGAUUGGGUCGAGCCAAACGAAUAACAAAAAUAAAAACCGAGAGAAGUAUGGCAACCCGGCGAGGGGCCUCCCUCGGCACGAACACCUCAGAAGAAGAGCGCAAGCCGACCGUAUCGCCUUUUAACGAAACUGAAAACCCGCCUAGAUCCCUCAUCCUGAGCCCCAAGCCCAUCUUCGGCCCCGAUCGGCCCCUACCGCAACACCUCGUAGAUAUACUGGAGGAAUGGCAUAAGGAGAAUGGUGCCCAACGCCCGCCCUGUGUCAUUAAAAAUAAAAUGUGGCGAUACACAACAAUGGAAUGGAAGACUUUCGACCGCCAAGGUAACCAUAUGGAACUUUCCUCUUUCGCGAUCAAACAGCCUGCCCAAUAUAAUGUCUUGAUACUGCAUCCUGUUGAUGGUCCGGAGAAGCUUGUUUCGUGUUACUUUCCAUUUGGGACGACGUAUGGCACAUACCUAAUUGGUUGGCAUGGGGUGAAGAAUGGGUGGGAUCCUACGACUUGUGCGGUGAGGAAGUUUCGCUCGAAUAUCGAAGAGGUGCAGUACGAGCCUGAGGCGUGGGAGGCUUUCGAGACGCUGGUCAAGCGGCGGGCGGUACAAUCUAAACCAAGUAAUACACAACCACAGGUGGAGAUGCAGACACCGAGAACGGGCGCGAAGAGGAGGCGAAGUCUGCCGGGACAGACGCAGGUGCAAAGACCGGAGAUGAGGCCACAGAGGAAGAGUCUACCGGGGCCGGUUGCUGCAAACAAUCUUUCAGCCCCCGAGGCAGGUGAAACUGAGUCAUCCUCAUCAAACGAAGAGUCUGAAGAAGAUGAUGAAUCCUCAGAUGAAGAGGAGAAUGAGGAGGACGAGGACGAGGAAGAAGAAGAAGAAGAAGAAGAAGAAGAAGAAGAAGAAGAAGAAGAAGAAGAAGAAGAAGAAGAAGAAGAAGAAGAAGAAGAAGAAGAAGAACAGCAACAGCAGGAACAAGAGCAAGAGCCGGCCUCCAAAAGGCCCCGACUGACCGAGCCUAUCGCAGCCACUCCCAAAGAAUCAAAAGUGAUUUUCAAGCUCGUCUCAUAUAAGUCCGGGGCAAUCCGCCGCUUUCCGCUGGAAGAGUGCAAAACAGGGAAAGAGUUUUUCAAUAAGGCUCGGACUUUCUUCCAACUCUUUGACCGCAAUGCUGAAGUGAAGAUCCUCUCAUGUCAGAUAGCAUCCCAGCGUGUACAGCAAUUUAUCUUUGAGGGAAGUGAAGGGGAAUUUACUCUACUGGUGGAGCAGGUCAAGAGCUUGAAGGACACUAGCGGAGUCUUAACUGUUGAAGUCGGGCAUGUGCUAGGCCUUCAGUGAGCUGAAUAUUGUUUGUUAGCGUGGCGUUUUAUUUUCUGGUGUUAAAAGCGAUUGUCGUAACAUUGCUAUGUAGUCAUGACUAGCGAUUUUAUGGGGACAUUGAACACAGAUAUACCUAGGAUGUGUUGUAAUAACUGAGGUUUUUCUUUACCCUUUUUUUUAUACUUCGAGAAAUUGCA